GCAUAAACCGUCUAUCACAAGAUUAUACAAAUGGCUGAGCAUUCAAGUGAGGUGGCUAUUGCGGAAAUGAAGAGUCUUGUCAGAGAGGAAGAAAACUUGGAUUACAUUGAUAAGACCAGAGCUGAGAAUGGGACCACUACGGACGAGUUUUAUGCAAUUGAGAGGAUUAAAACAGGGUUUAUGCAAUUCAAAGACAACGAAUUCGACAAAGAUCCAGAUUAUUACAAUCAACUUGCAGAAGGCCAGAGCCCCAAGUUUCUGGUGUUUGCAUGCUCUGAUUCUCGAGUUUGCCCUUCUCAUAUCCUAAACUUCCGACCAGGGGAAGCCUUCAUGUCACGGAACAUUGCUAAUAUGGUCCCUGAAUUUAACCAGCUUAGAUAUUCUGGAGUUGGUGCAGUCAUUGAAUACGCAGUAACAGUUCUUCAGGUGGAGGUCAUUUUGGUCAUAGGACACAGUCGUUGUGGUGGAAUUGCAGGUCUUAUGUCUCUUCCUAGUGAUGGAACAACUUCUAAUGACUUUGUACAUGACUGGGUCAAAAUUGGUUUACCUGCCAAGGCCAAGGUGUUAUCAGAGUUUAGUGAUUUAUCAUUUGAGGAACAAUGCCAGAUUUGUGAAAGGGAGGCGGUGAAUUUGUCAUUGGUGAACCUAUUAACUUAUCCAUAUGUGAGAGAUGGAGUAGCGAACAAAAAAGUACAAUUGAUGGGUGGAUACUAUGAUUUUGUGAAGGGAACUUUUACCCUCUGGGGUCUUGACUUGGGCUUCAAACCCCCUCUGGAGUUUGGUGGCUUCAAGCCCCCUCUGGACAUUUGAGUUUUGACCAUUAUAUGUCAAGACAUAGUUUCCUACUUCUCUCUCUCUUAAGAAUGUGUGUUGUGUGAUGCUAUAAGCAAUAAUCCAUAAUGAAUAAGAUAGAGCACCUAUUGACAGCUUCUGUCAGUUUGUAAUUUCAUUGUACUUUAAAAGAAACUGUUGUGUAUUCCUCUUGGGAGAAGAUAAUAAUAUAUAAGGGUCUAUUUGGAAUCA